CGCGAAAAAUAUGUGACGUUCUUCGAGAGGAAGAUGACCUUCUCUGCUCAUCUUUGAUAGCCAGUCGGUAUCGAAAACAUGUAACAUCCAAGCCAGUAUAACCGGUAUGAUGGAGCCAGAAGCUUAUCCUGUACGCUCUUUCGCUCUCAUUGUCAGUAUUAAUCAGUCUGGCGAUAGAACGAGGUGAUGCGAUCGAAACGAUCAUCAAUUCUCGGCGUCGAGUUCUGUUUUGUGCAAGAUUGCCACCUUACAUUUGUGACGCGCACGUGCCUGAGGUUACCGCCGCACUCCUUAGUUAAGGCCUUUACACGUACAAAAAUUUUGCACUGCUCUAGUCGAAACACCGGUUAUACUUCUCUUAUCAAGCACUUUGACUUUGUCAAAUAGAUGUAUCACGUUUAUAGGUAACUGAAUGUAAUACGGCAAUAGGCGAAGAUGGUGGAUAACAUCAAAUUCAAAUCCUUUUCGGAGAAAGGCACGGAGGAAAAUAAUGAUGAACGGGCUUCAAGAACCGCCCCGUCUUUAUUGACUCGUACAAGUACGGCUUCCUUGUUCCUGACUCGGUUAAAGAACAAACGUUUCUCGUCCAAACAAGACAGCUAUGAACUCGAGAGUGGUCGCACUCAGUGUAAUUCUCCAUUAUCUCUCGAUAGUCCGAUAACUCCUGCAUCUCACAUGGAUUACUCUUUCAUCAGCGAACGUCCCUAUUCCGAGGAGAUCAAUCGCACUUGCUUGCGCAUCAAUGAAGACUUUAUAGGCAACGUCCUGACGGAGCAUAAGAAGCGUAUAUGUUGCAAAUCGCAGUUUUGGGAAAACCUGGAAUUAACUGCGACGAACGAUAUGCUAACCGAGACGGUUCUCCCAGCCCCCAAGUCGAAUGAGAUCAACGUGUUGUUACUGCAGGCCAGUUUCAUGGGUCGUACUGAUAUUAUUUGCCAUUUGUGCCAGCACGGCGCCAAUAUUAAUUACACCGAGCCCGAGCACGGUCUUACCCCGUUGCAUCUAUGCGCGUUUCGAAACUGUCUGGACGGUGUCAAGUAUCUGAUAGAAGAGGGCGCGAAGUUCGAUACUAGUAUGAAGCACACACCGUUUCAUUAUGCCGCCUUUGGCGAUGCGUUCGACGUCGCCCAGUAUUUGGUGCAGCAUGGUAUCAGUCCAGAAUCGUCAGACGAUGCCGAAGAGACGGUGCUACAUGCGGCAGCACGUACAAAUGCUUUACGCGUGCUAACUCUAUUGGCGCCGAACAGUAAUGAACUGAAUCGCCUGGAUCAGGACGGAUAUGCCGCUAUUCAUCACGCGGCCGACCGGGGCGACCCGACUUGUUUAGAUGUACUUCUUAAGGCUGGCUGUCAGGUAGAUUUGCCUACCGCCAAGAAGAACACUGCUCUGCAUUUGGCCGCAGAAGCCGGCUACCCGGACAAUCUAAUUCUUCUGAUCGAAGCGAAGGCUGAUCUUCAACUGAAAAAUCAUCGAGGAUAUACAGCGUUGCACUUGGCGGCUCGCUCACAUUCUCUAGAAUGUGUGGAAAUACUGUUGAAAGGUCACGCGGAUCCCAACGCAGAGGACGACGAAGGUCGGACACCACUGCAUCUGGCUUUGGGCAAAUCCCUAAUGACCGAGGAGAUCACCGAGCUCUUGCUAAAGUGGCGAGCGAAUGUGAACAAGGCUGACAAGUACGGUUACACGCCAUUGCACAUUGCCGCCUCCAACGAACUGUCACAAUGCGUCAACAUGCUGAUAAAGCACGAGGCGGACCUCAGUGCGAGAACCAUUGGCGGUAACAGCGCCCUGUCCAUUGUGUUGCGGAAGACUCCGACUUCCCUUGACGUAUUUGAGCGUAGACUAGAUGCGUCUCUGACUUUAAACCGGCAAGGAUUUGCGGGCGAACUCGAACUACAAUUGGACUUUCAUCCACUGUUGCAGCAUCGACGAAAUCGACAUAGCCGUUUGCCUGAAAUCGGCUACCUGAACGCUUUCGUAAAGGAAGGUUACAAGGAGAUCUUAGAACAUCCACUAUGCCAGUCUUUUCUUCACCUCAAAUGGCAUAAGAUUCGAAAAUAUUACGCCGCUCGAUUGCUCUUCUAUCUAAUAUACGUGCUGAUAUUUACGAGCUGGGUGAUAACCGCUCUAGCUCACGACUGUUAUAACGCAUCUACGGUGAACUGUACGAAUAUUAAUGAAAACUUUACAAAUAUUCAAAAUAAAACGUGCACGAACUGCAGCUACACUUUUCCCAAACAAACAGAGUUACUCGAAAGUAUGUGGUACGUGUUGGCAAUACUCAGUAUAUUGGAAGCCUUCCGCAAAGUGAGUGUCAUUCCUAGUUAUCAAUCCGUCAGACAGUUUUUGCAAAUCGAAAAUCUGGUUGAAUGGUUUGUGAUAGUCAGCGUGUUCGCCACAUCAUUCCUCUAUAAAAAAGAAACGUUCGAGUGGCAGAAUUAUCUGGGUGCCUUUGCUGUGCUCUGCGGUUGGAGCAAUCUAAUGCUAAUGAUCGGGCAGUUACCGGUAUUCGGCGCAUAUGUCGCUAUGUUUACUAGUGUUCAGGCACAAGUAUUUAAACUGCUCCUAGCCUACGCCUGUCUGCUGGUAGGCUUCACGGCGAGCUUCUGUGUAAUAUUUCCUCGUACCCAGUCGUUCAAGAGCCCACACAUUGGUCUCACGAAAGUCCUCGUGAUGAUGACCGGCGAGUUAAACUUCGAAGAUUUCUUCUUCGGAUCUACCAAACGCUACGACAAAUUCGAAGAAUCAUUCGGCUUGGGACAAAUCACAGUCCAACUUCUUUUCGUAUUAUUCCUCCUGUUUGUGACGAUCGUGCUAAUGAAUCUAUUGAUCGGCAUAGCUGUGCAUGAUAUCAAAGGCCUGCAAAAAACGGCCGGUCUUGCAAAACUUGUUCGUCAGACAAAAUUGAUUCAUGACGUGGAGGUGGCAAUUUUUCUAGGAUUUACGCCAUCGAAACGCUUUGUCAAGUUCUUCCGAUGGACCACAUUGCUCUUACCAUCACCUUUACGUGCCGUCCUGACUGUUCGUCCGUUAAACCCCAGGGAGAAGAGAUUACCGCGCGAUGUUCUCUCGGCCUCUUACAAGAUCGCCAAGGAAGGAGACGGUCAGAACAAUUUCUCCGCGAUACGCAAGAAAAGUUAUUUUGCAAAAGCGUAUUUUAAAAGUGAUAUGAACGCGUGUCGUCGUCGUGGUAUCGAUGAGGAUAUGCUGAUACAGGAUUGCAAUAAAUUCAAGGAUGAUAUCGCGGAACUCAGAGAAAUUUGCGAGAAAAAUCAUACUCUCCUUCGAGAACUUGUAAAAAUGAAGGAAAUCUUGAUUCGCGCCAGGAUGCACAAAAAUGAGCGAGAUUCGGUGGAAGAAGCAAAAAACACGAACGACCUCAAGACGAACACUUUGAGAUUGCCGAUUAUUCUCGACGAGGGUAGACAACGUCUCUAUUCCAGCUUCAACAAUCAUCGCAAGGAUGAUUCGCUCUCUGUGAGAUUGGCUUCCACCUACAGAUCCUUGAGAUGCGCGUAUUCGCCGGAGGAUUGUUCGCAAAAGAUCACGAUCGAUGGCGUAAGGUCGGCAUCAGAGUCCGAUAGCAAGCAGAUCGAGAUCGAUGCCGGUGUGCCGCCGCCAGCCGACGAGUCCCUCUUCUUCGAUAAUCUGGAAUGUUGUAAGAAUCACUAUGUGAACGGUACAAAAUUAAGAUCGGCGAUAUGGUCUAUCGUCGAUCCGACAGAGACUAGACUAUUAUUCGACAUGGAGAAAAAUCGUGCUCUGCCAGACGCGUGCAAGAGCGAACGAUUACGGAACGUCGCUUACGUUUGGGCAUCCUAUCGCGGUUUGCUGCAUCUUCUGCCGGAGCUGGAGAACGCUGGCGCGCAUUACGACUACGUAGAGUCGCGUACUGGCAUGAAUGCCAUCCUGGCCGCAUCGCUGGGCAACAGAGUCGAUUGCGUGGAAUAUUUGAUAAAGAGAGGCGCCGACGUCAACUACGAGAGUUUCAUCACCCAUUUCACGCCGCUUCAUUUCGCGGCGCUCGGCAACAACUGGCAAGUCGCGACCACGUUGCUAAACAACGGCGCCAAGCUCAAUUACAUCUGUCAGGAGGUGAUCGAGCCAGUUCUCCACAGUGCUGUACGCGCGAAAGCGGUGGAAACGGUGCGAUUGCUUCUCGAACACGGAGCCAGCGUCGUUGAGAAGAAUCAUCUGGGUCAGACGCCGUUACACGUGGCCUGCUUCGUACAGUCGAUACCAUGCGUUGAGCUACUGUUGUCAUCAAUGCCGACCAGCGUCAACGCUGUGGAUAGGGAGCAUAGGACGCCAUUACACUUCGCCGUGAUGAGUACCGAUUCUUCCAUCGAAUUGGUGCAGCUGUUGCUGAAACACGGCGUUCUUGUAAACGCGGCCGACCGGACCGGCUUUACUCCUCUUCACAUCGCUGCAUUAAACGAGCAAUCACGAUGCGUCGACGCACUUAUCUGGGCGGGCGCUGACAUCAGCGCAACCACGUGCACCGGACUGUCUGCUCUGAACGUCGUGCUGAAGAAGAUUCCCGAGUCGGUGCAUGUGUUCCGUCAACGAUUGGAUGCCUCGAUCAGACUGACUCGACCGGUGUCGCAUAAUCGUGAGUUCGAGAUGCGACUGCACUUUGACAUUCUCUUUCCUAGCAACAGUAAGUGCGAAACAAGCUUCAUAAAUACUUUCGUGCAGGAGCAUCGGAAGGAUCUUCUAUCGCAUCCAUUGGUUAUGGCUUUUCUACAUCUCAAGUGGGAGAAGAUACGUAAACUCUAUCUGCUGCGCAUAUUUCUAUAUGCCAUGACAGUGAUAUGCAUGACUACUUACGUGCUGACCGCUUUAGCGUACAAAUGUUAUAAUCACGAAGUCACCACCGACAGUCCGAAGAUAUGCGAUAGCAAACGAGCGGUUGAUUUCCUUUUCCGCAAACCGUUCAUCGAAAUUCAAUGGUAUCUCGCGCUAGUACUGACGUGCAUCACCAUACCAAGGAAAAUAUUCGGCUUCAUGGUCUAUAAGUCAGCCUUACAAUACUUCAUCAAUAUCGACAAUAUCCUGGAUGGCGUGGUGAUUAUAAGCGUGUUUGUCACGUCCUUUAUUUAUACGGGACGUACCUACGAUUGGCAGAAUUACGUCGGCGCGUUCGCUAUACUUUGUGCCUGGACCAACCUGAUGCUGAUGGUGGGCCAAUUACCAGCCUUCGGCACCUACGUUGCCAUGUUCACGCACAUCCAAUUUGAAUUCGCCAAGCUGUUGCUAGCAUACUCCGGGCUACUGAUCGGCUUUACCAUCAGUUUCUGUGUAAUAUUCGCGGGCGACCCCGCUUUUGGUAAUCCUUUUACUGGUCUGAUCAAGGUUCUGGCAAUGAUGGCCGGCGAACUGGAUUUUGAGGGUCUCAUCAAUCAAGCGGACAGUUCAUCGACGACAGGCGGUUCCUUCAUCAUUUAUCAUCCUUUAUCAGUGUGCUCGCAAAUCCUUUUCACAUUGUUUAUAGUGUUCGUUACUGUGAUUCUGAUGAAUUUAUUAGUCGGUAUCGCCGUGCACGAUAUACAGGGUCUAAGGAAUCAUGCUGGACUUACGAAACUGGUGAGGCAAACGAAGAUGAUUCUUUUCACAGAGAUGGUCCUGCAUAACACUACAAUUCCGUACGCUUUCCGCAAGUGGCUGUCGGAUCAUAAGAUCGACGUUGAAAACAGGAAACAUGUACUCGUGGUGAAACCGCUUAAUCCGCUCGAGAAGCGACUACCCAAAGAUAUAAUGAAGGCCGCUUAUGAAAUAGCGCAGAAAAAUAUCCCCUUGGCGAACGACGACGUCAAUCUGAACGAUCACGCUGCUUGGUUGAAGCAGCGGCAAAACAACGAGGUCUCCGAUGCCGUUUUACAAACGACGAUUGAAAAACUGAUCACUGCGAUGAAAGUGAAUGAAGAUGCUGUAAAAUUGUUAAGAGUGCAAUUAUUAGAGAUGAAUAAGAUGCUGGAAACUAUCGUAGCAACAUUAGCAAAGGAACAAUAUCCCUCGUUGUAAAUCGGAUGAUUUGAUUCCGAUUAUAUUUCCAUUAAUGUUUACAAAUAUGAGCAAUAAAGUAGACAUCGAGGCUACAAUUAAGGGUGGAGGGCCUACUGGACAGUGUGGCGUUGUACGUUGGGG